AUGGUGAGAGAUUUUGGUGCUCUAGUUAGUGCUGCUCAUGUUGAUGAUCCAGGUAUUGCAUUAGAGGGCUCGGGUGGCCUACUUUUGCUCGGCUUGAUUAUCAUGUCUCUCUCAAUUAUAUCCAUGUUCAUCUUUUCUUGUGCUGAUGGAAUAUUUCGCAACCGCCACGGCGGUGGUCAUGGUGGUACUGGUGGUGGUGACCUUGGUGGCGGUGGUGGUGCCUGUGGUGGUGCCGGUAUUGGUGGUGGUGCCUGUGGUGGUGGCGGUGGUGGUGGAAAUUCCACAAAUGGUGAGAUUUUGGUGCUCAAUCUAGUUGGUGUUGCCCAUGUCGAUGAUCCAGGUGUUGCCUUGGAAGGCUCGGGUGGCCUACUUUUGCUCGACUUGAUUAUCAUGUCCCUCUCAAUUAUAUACAUGCUCAUCUUUUAUUGUUCUGAUGAUGACUUUGAAACACCUCGCAAAUGCGGCGGUGGCGGCGGUGAUGAUGGUGGUUGUGGAGGCGACGAUGGUGGUGGAGGUGGUUGUGUUUUCCAAAAAUCCAUGCACUAG